AUGUUGUCAUCAAAGUUUGGUAAAAGUACCUUGGCUUUGCUUUCGGAUGCCUAUAUAUAGAGACCUUAUUGCCUUCACCUUAUGCACUCACAGCUAGCAUUGGUUUCUGAAGAAACUUAUUCACUCAUAAACAUCAACCAGUACACUUAAAUAUAUUCACAUUCUCAAGAGUCUUGACCAACCUACACAACCCACAUUGAGUUUUGAAGUUUGAGUAUGGCGAGCACUAAGGUGAUUGGUGCUGCAUUCUUGGUUUUGCUCCUCGUGGAGCUCUCCUUUGCUGCUAGGUCAUCAAAGGCUAUCGAAGGACGUAGGCCUAGUGUUGGUGGAGGUGGAGGUGGAGGAGGAGGAGAAGGGGGAGGAGGGGGUGGUUCAGCUUCAGGGUCCGGGUCCGGGUAUGGUUCGGGGCAUGGCUUUGGGGGUGGCUCCGGGUAUGGUAGUGAAGGAGGAGGCGGUGGAGGUGAAGGUGGAGGCGGUGGCGGUGGUGGUGGAUCCGGUGCAAAUGGUGGUUCUGGGUCGGGAUAUGGGUCCGGCAGUGGCUCGGGAUAUGGGUCUGGUGGUGGGAAAGGAGGUGGUGGAGGUGGCGGAGGCGGUAAAGGUGGUGGUGGAGGCGGCGGUGGAGGCUCGGGUUCAGGAAGUGGGUCAGGUUAUGGCUCCGGAUAUGGAAGUGGAAGUGGAUAUGGAAGCGGAGGCGGCAAGGGAGGUGGCGGUGGUGGUGGCAGUGGAGGAGGCGGUGGUGGCGGAGGUGGAAGCGGCAACGGUGGUGGCAGGGGCUCUGGCUACGGGUCAGGUUAUGGGUCAGGAUACGGUGGUGGAGGCGGGGAAGAUGAUUCACCAUGAAUAUAAUAUUACAUGAACUUAUUUGAGUGUUAGGUAGAUAUUUUCAUCGUUGCCACUGUGAAAUAAAUGCUUAGAUUUCACCAUCACUUUAUGCAUGCAUCCAUAUAUCGGUAUAAAUGUGGUGGUGGACGUAGCAUACGUGCAUGCCACCUUUCCCUAUUAAACAUUUAUAAUUAUCACAUUAUUAGUCCUAUUAUACUAUUAAUAAAGUAAGUUUAUGUUUGCAUGUAACGACUCACGAGGAUAACACUUUUUUGAUCUCUCUAAUUAAUCACGUGCCGUUAUGUGAAUCAAUUAUCACUCAUAACGGCAUGUGAUAAUUGGGGAUGACAAAACAGUGUUACAUGAUGUACAACUUUUUCUCCUUUCUUAGAGAUGUGGUUUGAUAUCUAA